UUCAAGUUACUUGCUUAUGGAGAUCCAGGCAUCUGAACGAGACGAUGACACGGCUAUUGCAGAAAUCGACUUAAUUAUGAACAAAUUUGGAGCGCCACUGGAGGAUGUAUACAAAUUGGCCGUAUCUUUUUACCGAGAAAGAAAACAGAGUUGUGAGCUUAUGGUACCAUACGAGAAACGAUUAUUAUUCAUGGCAUACUCGAAGCAGGUACGCCACGGUCCUUAUGAUGCAGCUGCAGAUGAUUCAGGAUGGUUUGACCUCAUUGGCAACGAUAGAAUGAAAGCUUGGAAAGACUUGGGUAACUUAAGUGCUUCGGAUGCAAUGUCAGCAUUCAUCACACUACUCGAUGUUGUCUGUCCACCAUUUCGUGAUUUUGUCAGUGAACAUUUACAGUCACAAACGAAUCUCAGAAGUGAACACCAACAAAAUAAUGUUCAAUCUGAUGCUUCUCAAGCAAUGAAUGAUAUGGAAAAAUUUGAAGCACAGCGACAGCAAAUUCAAGAAGCUCUCAACCGUCAAACAUAUCAUCAGUUUCGGGCAUACGCUCAACAACAAUUUGUAGGCGACCUUAUCCAGCAGGAGGCAUUGAUCAAACAACUCCAGGAGCAGCACUAUCAACAGUACAUGGCUCAAAUAUAUGCACAACAAGCUAAAGUAGUUGGCGCAUCUCCGGAGAGCGGACUUACUUCAGCGAAAAAUUUGGAUGGGGAAGAUAGCGCGCAGAAUAAAGCUGAUAGUGAAGGGAAGCGAAAUCCAAAUCAGAAUUCGGAUGUUUCCGAUGAGGAAGCUGGCGAGGAUUUACCUUCGAAUCCUGUGAUAGCACCAGCAUCAAUGUGGAAUCGCCAAGAUAUUGUGGAAUUCAAGACUGCAAUCCGGAAAGAAGGUAGUGAGAGCAUCAUCAAAGUUGGACAUGGUGAAACAGUAACGGUCCGUGUACCAACUCAUGAGGAGGGCAGUUGUUUGUUUUGGGAAUUUGCAACCGACCAUUAUGAUAUUGGUUUUGGUGUCUUUUUUGAAUGGACAAUUUCUCAAACAAAUCAUGUCUCCGUUCAUGUAUCGGAAUCGUCCGAUGAAGAAGCGGACGAAGACUUUUUACAAGUAGAACUGAGGACUAGUGACGUGGAAAGCGGUAGUUCUGUAAGGGAGAAGCAGAUGGGCCAGAGCAAACCACAUGUCGAUGAAAUUGUCCCCAUUUAUCGACGUGAUUGUCAUGAAGAGGUGUACGCUGGUAGUCACGUAUAUCCAGGACAAGGUGUAUACUUGUUGAAGUUUGACAAUUCAUAUUCUUUGUGGCGGUCCAAAACGUUGUAUUAUCGAGUGUAUUACAGUAAUUGACCAGGAGAUUCACGAUUUCUGAGAAACGUUACGUUGAAUGAUGAGCAGUUCAUUUAUUCGUAUGAAAGCCAUAUCG